CGGUCCCAAAGUGUGAACUACAUGUCCGCUUUCGUGUCAAGAACACAAUUAUUUGAGAAAACCAAUCAAACAUUACCAUGGUUUUGUAAGUCAAAAAAGACCAAACACCCCCUUCCUUUCAUUGUCUACAUAAAGCUCACAUGCGUCUCUCUCUCUCGCUCAUAAUUAGAUAUUAAGAUCAACAAGAAGAAGAAUGGCAAAAGCUAUGGAGGUUUGGGUGGGAGAGAUGAAGAAGAUGAGUGAGAAGAUAAACACUAGAAACCCAUUGAUGCAAAGGAACAAGACAUCCUCUGUUGUGUCCAAACAACAACAAGGAUCAGAAGAAGAAAGAGGACUUAAACAAAAGACAAGAGAGAAAGAUGAAGCUGCAACUAUGUCUGAGCUCACUGUUUGUCUUCUCAUGGACCGUUUUGUUCCUUGGUGAUCUUUCAAUACCCAACUACUUCUAGAUCAAUCUCCCUAUUUGGUGAUGUGUAUAUAUAUUUAGAACUACAUGUAUAUCUAUAUAUAGAUGUUGUUGCUGUUUGUGCAGAACAUGUUUUUAACUUUUUUUUGUGAAUCUAUGAAAGUAACGUAUGUGAUGAGAACAAUAUUUUAUUUCUUCAAAGUUCAAUCAAUAGUGUUCAAUUAUUA